UCUUAAGUCAUUAACUAUAACAAAAAUAUAUGUUGGAAUACAAAUCAAUGUAUAAAUUGUUUUCAAUUGUUUUUCGUUAAAAAGUGAAAAUUAGUAUUACAUCAUUCAUUGUCGUAGAUUCUUUAUUGAUCUAAAACACAAAUCGAAUCUUGAUAAAAAGAAAAAAUUAUUAAUUAUCAACUACAAAACUUCGACUGUAUAAGGCGCCAUCUACUACUAACUACUAAACAAUGGGCAUAUCGGCCAUGCAAUUUUAAUACACUCGAAUUGAACAGUAGACUGCUCAUUAAACUUAUUGAAUGGAGGUUAAGCUGGAUUAAGACAAGGCGUUGUCAACACGACAAGAACAUUGUUUAGUGUUUUCACAGAGAGUUAAAAAAAUAUUUAAGUAUAUCAAUAAAGUUAAUGUGAAAAGAAAAGAUUUGAAAACUUUUAAGGUGAGGUCAGAAGCUUGCAAAUGUCGACGGAAGCUAUAAACGAGUCUUCUCCUCAACCUCGUGUUAGUGGAUUCUCAAUUAAAAGCCCAACAAAUGAUUCAACUAGACUGUUACCGAUAGCUAGAUUUAGAGAUAAAUUAGCAAGCAGUACCCCAACAUCUACCAAAGGCCAUCUACCAUUGUUACGUAAUACUUCAUCACCUAUACGAGAAAGAUAUUCUAGGUAUGUUGCAAGACACGUAACUCAUCAAGUUAUUUCGUCGCAAAGGGAUUUCAUAAAUGGUGUUAGUUCUAGCCCAUCUCCAAAAUUGCUACAGAGAGAGUCGGAUUCCAAAUUCAUUGGUGGUCUUCCCGGUAGAUUCUUCAGUACAACACGACCAUUUGCAAUAGUAAAAUACAACUUUCCCGAACACAAGGAACAAACUUUAACUCCUUCCCUAAAAGUAACAAAUUCAUUGUCAGCAAAGACUUCAAACACGAAAAGGAAAAAAGUAACGUUUGAAGAUGACUUAAAUAAGGUGAGAGAAGAGGGAUUGGAGAAAGACUCGGUAAAGGAUACCGAUGUUCAUAUAGUUAAAGAGGAAAUCAAAGAAUUAGAUAUCUCUCGACGAAAUUCGACGGAUAGAGAAAACGGAAUUCCGUCGUCCAAUACACACCACAAAGCGAUUCUUCAAAAACCUGUAAAAGCUCCUCUUUUAUUAACACUUACUAGGCAUAAUUUGGAUUUAUUAGACACUCUAAAUGCGUCCGACGACGAUAGUAGCUUAACAGACGAUAAACCAAAUGGAGUUAGUAAAAGAGUUUGGAAUUGGGUUUCCCAACAGCCGAAAUUCGUACCCGCAGACUCAUCAAAUAAGCCGGACGAUGAAGUUAGAUCAAAAAGUGCCGGAGCCAUUUCUAUACAAAGUAUUACAUCCGCUGCAAAUCUAUCGAGUAAACUGCAAAGACGAAAGUGAUUAAUUAAAUUGCUUCAUUUCCAACAAUAUCCUCCUCUUAAUACUAAAGCCAUCUGCUUGUUAAGUGUAUAGCAAACAAUAACAAAGAGUAUUAAUUUUAUGGAGAAACAAUUAUCGUAGAUAAAAGAAGACAUUAUUUGUGGUUGAAAGUCAAAAUUCAAAAGGUUUUGUUCAUAUCUGACUGCCUUAAACUUCCAAAUUUAUGAAAUUUUAUACUAGUGAGUUAUAAUAAAGAAAUAUGCUUUAUAUUGAAAAGAUUUCAUUUCGUCUUUUAUAAAUGUACUGUAUACAUGUAACAUGCAUUUAUCGUCAAAAUUCGGUGACUAUUAUUCGAAUUUCAAUCGGUUAUAUGAGUAAAAGAUGUAUGAAAUCUAUAUGAAAGGUAGACGUUCAUUUAAUAAAAGUAGAAAGAUAUUGAAAUUUAUAAGCUUUAAUAUGGGUAAAAAUGGCAUCCGGUAGGAAAAAUGGGAUAGAAAUUUAAAGCGUUUAGUCUUCUUUGACAGGAAACCACUCUAUAAAUUAUCUAGAAUAUUAUUUUUUGAUAGAA